AAAGGAUUAAAACAAUUACGUUAUAAAUUUCAUCAUCAAAGUGUCAAGUUGAUUUUAUUUUAUUAUAAUUAUCACGUACUUAUUGGAUUACGAUUACAUCCAACUUAAAUUGUGAAACAAAAUAAAAAGUAAAAUAAAUUAGCUCACAAUAUCACUCAAUUUGCAAAUAUCACACAAAAAUAAAAAGCUCAAAAAUGGUGUCGAGGCGUAAAAUAUUGAAUCGGUCGAGAGACGAUCUAAACAUGGACCAGGAAGAAGAAGACAUUUGGUUUAAUAAAGAUAAACUAUUCAAGGAACACAUUCAAGAAGUACUUGACAAAUGGACACAAAUUGAUGACGAGAUUUGGGCAAAAAUCAUUGUCUUUGAGCGAAAUCGUCGUGUAGCUAAAGCUUAUGCACGAGUUCCUGUGCUGACAGUCAACGGUACUGAUGAUGGCUUUGAUGGCAUGAGAAUUGGCUUGUGUGGCUUUGAAAAUCCAAUGCGUGAUGCAAAAACAGUCGAAGUAAAGCGUCAAAUUGGUCAGGGUGUCAAGAUCAAAAUGGAUGAUGCUGGAAAUAUUUUAUUGAGACGUUAUGCCAAGAGUAAUGUUUAUAUUAAAUCAACAUCAAGUGCAACAAAUGAAGAAACAGCAAUUGGGGCGGAUGUGCUGAAAGCGCCAAAUCAGUGCUUAGAAGUUGAAAAAGUUUAUAAAAUUUUUGAUAUGAAAAAAUUCCAAGCAAACGUAAAUAGAGAAUUGAGCCGCUCAUAUCCCGAUCGUAGACGUCUCGAGACACAGUGCCUAUCAAUAAUUAAUUUUGUUAAAACCGAAAAUGAAAUUCUAGAAUGUCCAAUUUGGAUUAUGAUAGUAAAUGUAGUGGCCAUGGAUAUGUUAAAAAGCAAAUUGCCUCCAGUUCAACGUCCUGUUGAUAUAAAGAAUCGUCCACGUAUUCCAAUACCUGAUGAAGAUCCAUACAGUGAAGCAGGAAAUAGUGCAAGCAGUUCAGGUUCAUCGGCUGGCGGUAGUGGCUCAGCUGGUGAAGGAAAUGGAAGAGAACGCGUCGCAGCUACACGUGAUCAACUUUUAAUACAAACACAACUGAUUGGCACUCGAAGGACCGAGAAACCUCCACAAUUGCCACCAAGAGAUAAUGUCUAUCAUCAUGACAUGCCAAAACCCGAUUAUGAUGACAUUGAAGGAAGCAAUGGAGGAAUUUUAAAGCCAUUGGUCCGAGGUGGAAAAUCUGACAAAGGCAAGGAUAAGCAGAAGUUCGAUGAUCCUUACUAUUGUGGCUUAAAAGCACGUGUGCCAAAUUUUGCAAAAGGCAAUGGUAUAAAUAGUAGCAAUGCUAGUAAUAAAGAGAGUAAAGCAGUUAAUGGGACGAUAAGUGAGAAAAAGACAACUAGCUUCUUUGGCGUUAAAAAGGAAAGUAAGAAGGAUAAAGACAAGGAAAAAGAAAAAGAAAAGGAGAAGGAAAAGGAAAAAGAGAAAGAAAAGGAAUCUAAGGACAAAGAUUUAGUAUCACCAAAACAACGUCCAUCAGUUGCACAUAUGCCACAUCCAGCAUCAUUCUCAACUUUGUAUCAAUUGCAUCAAAUGCAAAAUGGAGUGGUUAAUGGAACCCUUAAGCACAACGGAAUUUACAAUCGUCACUUUUCACAUCCGGAGCCGUACAUGUGGCAUGCUAAAAGCUAUGAAAGUGGAAUAGAAUCAGAAUUCGACCCUCAAUACUCACCGUACGGACGCCUUCCAACUCCUUCAAGAGGAUAUGUACCAGUUGUGCCACGAACAAUGUAUGUCGGUGAUUGGGAAUAACAUCAAGCUACAUGCCUUACCAAAUUCACACGAGUCAUUGAGAGAGAAAGAGACGGAUGAACGCUGAACAUUUUAAAAAUUUAAAUUUUUUCUUAUUUUUACUGACAAAUAAAUGAAUCGAUUGGGAACCAACUUAGGAAUUAAGUUCUGUGAUAAUCAGAAGAAGAAAAAAAAGUAAGAAGAAGGAUGAAAAUUUGUGUAAAUAUUUCCGACAUAAAUAAUUUUUUAUAAAUGUAUAGAAUCCUCAAAUAAUUGGCUUAUAAUCGGUAUUAACCAGAUAUUGAGUUUUAAGGGUCUAUUUUAUGUGUACUUAAUUUUUUUUCUGAAUGCUGCCAAUAUUCAUGAGUAAUAAUUAUUGACAAGUUGACUCGACCUUGCUUUGUUGUGUAUGUGAGCUAGGGAAAAUUUUAUAUUUCGCAUUUUGGGGUCAUUUAACAGUGACUUCAAUUUUAUAUGACGCUCUUAAUACUUCAUCUUGCUUUGAUAUCUCUUUCGUACCUAGAUACUUUCUUAUUCAAUAAUCAGAGAAUAUCAAAACAUCUAGAUCCUUGCCUCUAGUGUUUAAUAAAAAAUUAUGGAAAUUGAAUUGAGUCGAUAAUUUUUGUUCAUUGA